AAAAGACCCGGCAGCAAUUCUUGAAUUCAAAAUUGGAGUAGAAGCAAGCAAGCAACAGGAGACACCAAUUAACCAUGGAUUUGGAUGAUUGGGAAUUGAGUGUAGAGGAAUUGGACAAUCUCGAAAGAGAUGCCCUAAAACAAAUAGCUGAGCGCAACGCAUCUUCUUCUACUGCUACUACUAGUGCCGCUUCUCUGCAAUCUACACUCCCUUCUGCCUUUCCAGCUACAUAUAAAAGAGAAGAAGCAUCAUCUGCUGCACCUACAAUAAAGUCUUCAUCAGGGGAAGAUAAGGUCUCUGGAACAAGCUCUGCUGGAAAUUCUGGACCUCAUGAUGGCAAUCAUGUGAAACAGCUAAAAGAAAAGCGCUCUGUUAAAUUUUUCCUUCAUGCAAGUGGAAAUAUUGCAGCAAAGUUUUCAUAUGACCAGAUCCUUGUUGAAGCUUGCCGUAAAAUCCCUAAAGCCAGUUGGAGUGCUAAAGAGAGGUUAUGGAUGUUUCCUUUGUCAUCGUUGUCCAUAGCAGGAAAAGUUCUUCGUGAAAUUUCAGGCUCCAAUCUGGAGUUGGAGAAUUUAGAUCCUCUGGUACAACGUGCCAUUGCUGCUGCUUCUGCGAUGCCUGACCUUCGAGAUCAUUAUGAAUUCAUUCCAAAUAGUAUUGAAUCAAAGCUGAUGCCUUUUCAGCGUGAAGGGGUCAGAUUUGCAUUACAGCAUGGAGGGCGUAUCCUAUUGGCUGAUGAGAUGGGACUUGGAAAGACUCUUCAGGCUAUCGCUGUGGUUUCAUGCAUCCGCGAAUCAUGGCCAGUUCUUGUUCUUGUUCCAUCUUCCUUACGGCUUCACUGGGCUUCUAUGAUUCAACAGUGGCUGAAUAUUCCAUCAUCGGAAAUACUUGUGGUUUUAUCUCAAUGGGGUGGUUCAAAUAAGGCAGGAUUUAAAAUAGUGCCUUCAAACACUAAGAAGUCCGUUCACCUUGAUGGUGUGUUCAACAUAGUAUCGUACGACAUAGUCCCUAAGCUUCAAGAUCUACUUAUGGCAUCAACUUUUAAGGUUGUUAUUGCAGAUGAAUCACACUUCUUGAAAAAUGCCCAAGCAAAAAGAACCGGUGCUUCACUUCCCUUAUUACAGAAAGCUCAGUAUGUGAUAUUGCUCAGUGGAACUCCUGCUUUAUCAAGGCCAAUUGAACUAUUCAAACAGCUGGAGGCCUUGUAUCCUAAUGUAUAUAAGAAUGUGCAUGAAUAUGGCAACCGCUAUUGCAAGGGUGGCAUCUUUGGAGUUUAUCAAGGUGCAAGUAAUCACGAAGAGCUGCACAGUCUAAUGAAAGCAACGCUGAUGAUUCGGAGACUGAAAAAAGAUGUUCUUUCUGAGCUCCCUCAGAAGCGGAGGCAACAGGUUUUCCUAGACUUGGGGGAGAAGGAGAUGAGACAUGUUAAUAUUUUAUUUCGUGAGUUGGAGGUCAUUAAGGGGAAAUAUAAAUUAGCUCAGUCCGAGGAGGAGGCUAAAUCUCUUAAGUUUGCAGAGAAGAGCCUCAUCACUAAGAUUUACACUGCCUCUGCUGAGGCCAAAAUUCCAGCAGUUUUGGAUUACCUAGGAACCAUGGUUGAGGCAGACUGCAAGUUCCUGAUAUUUGCGCAUCAUCAACCAAUGAUUGAAUCGAUACACAACUAUUUACUUAAGAAGAAGGUUGGUUGUAUUAGGAUUGAUGGCAGUACUCCAUCAGCAUUACGACAAGCAUUGGUAACAGAUUUCCAGGAAAAAGAAACAAUUAAGGCUGCAGUGCUAUCCAUCAAAGCUGGGGGUGUCGGGUUAACAUUAACAGCAGCAAGUACAGUGAUAUUUGCAGAAUUAUCAUGGACACCAGGUGACCUUAUUCAAGCCGAGGAUCGAGCUCACAGAAUUGGCCAGGUGUCCUCUGUCAAUGUGUGUUAUCUGCUGGCAAAUGACACUGUUGAUGACAUUAUUUGGGAUGUUGUUCAGAGCAAGCUGGAAAAUCUCGGACAGAUGCUUGAUGGCCACGAGAAGUCCUUGGAAGUUUCGACUAAUCAGUCCUACAGCAGCCCUUCAAAACAGAAGACCCUCGACUCCUUCAUAAAGCGGUGUAAUAACUCACCACCUCAUGAGCUCAGGAAAAAACAUUGUCAUCAGUGAGCAAUGAGCACUCAAAGAACAAAUAUUAAACCCCCGUCUCAUAUACACAGUAGAGGAAAUCGGUGGUGUGUAUAUUCGACUAGUCUAUGAAUACUUGUUUAGCAGUAGUACGGAGCAUUCCCUCAUUUUGUUUGAUAGAGGGUAGUAAUAUGCUAUGUUUCCUUUUUGGGCUAUCUAACACCUUUUCAAUUUGUCAACUAUGUUAUGCCUUACUGUCUCAAUAUCUCGGAUAUAGAAUGUACGUUUAAUAUCAA